AUGAGUACUCAACAGAAGAUUAUUCUCAUCACGGGCGCCAACACGGGCCUCGGGCUCGAGCUUGUGAGGAACCUCCUCCAGACCGGGACACCAUACUCUAUCAUCAUCGGCAGCCGCAGCCUCGACAAUGCGACCAAAGCCAUCACACAACUCACCUCUGAGUUUCCGAGCACGUCUAGCACUCUGUACUCCGUUCAGAUCGAUGUUGCGGAUGACGCUUCAAUCGAGAAGGCUGCUGCAUGGGUGCAGGACAAGUUUGGCAAGCUUGACACCCUCGUGAACAACGCCGGCACCCAGCUAGAUCAGCAGAUCUCUCUCGGAAAGCUGUCCGUCAGAGAAGCCUGGAAUAAGACGUGGGACGUUAACACGACAGGUGCACACAUCGUGACGAUGACGUUUGCCCCCCUCCUCUUGUCCUCUGAUGAUCCCCGGAUCAUCUUCAUCGCGAGCGGCACCUCGACUCUGACGGGAUCGGAAAAUCUCGCUAUGCCCUUCAACCAGCCGCCGGCCAAGGGAUGGCCCAAGGCGACGAACUUGAUGUUCGACCUUCCAGCAUACCGGUGCAGCAAGACGGGGAUGAAUAUGCUCAUGCGGACCUUAGGCAGCGACGGGGUUAAGGUCUGGUGCGUCUCGCCUGGAUUUCUCGCGACAGGUCUUGGAGGCUAUUCAGACAGUAAAAAGGGGCAUGGGGCGCUCGACCCCUCGGUCGGCGCGACACUCAUCAGGAAAGUCGUAGAGGGCGAAAAGGAUGCCGAUGCUGGCAAGAUCAUUUCACUUCAGGGGAUUCAGCCCUGGUAG